CUUCUGGCACUUCGCCCCGAGCUUUCCUCGAGCGCAUCCUCUCGCCUCGGAACGCGUUCUCGUGUCAGUGUCGCCGCGACGCCAGCCAUAGUCAAGUCACUCACUCAGUGGACAGUCGAUUCUAAGUCGACAGUCGAUCCCGAUCAUCGACAUUUCGAAAGGAUUACGAAUAUCAGGACAUUCAAUUAUUUCCAAGUUUCUUUCUCUUUGGUUAUUGAUGUUCAGUGAUUAGUUGCUACGAUAAGUAGUGGACAGUUGUAAUUUUGAAGAAUUGAAAUUCACUUUGACGAUUUAAGGAUUUUAACGUUGCUUUGGUUUUGCUACAUUGUGGUGGACAGUUGAUCGUCAGUGAACAGUCGAUCGACACGACUGUAAGUUUCGUGCAGUAGUCCUGGAAUAUCGUGGGAGUACUACGAUCGUGGGAAAUUCCUAGAAAAUUGCGAAUUUUGUUGGAGAUAAUCGAGUCGACGAACCAACGUUGGAAAAUCCAGAGGAAAUCCUUGGAAAAUUGAAAAAUAAACGAAUCAUCGUCGAAAGAGUGCAAACAAACUUGUAAUCUCAGAAUAUCCCAAGCUAGUGAAAUUAACGAAGGUUCCAUACAACUUUGAAAUCUUAAAAAUUUUCAAAAUUGCCGCCAUAAAGGUUGCCAAAGGGCUUAAGGAAGCGGGACCUUCGGAAGGUAAGCUACCAAACGUUCGAAACAAGAAGAUUCUUUCUCUGUCUUGGGGAAAUCAGUGACGGACCAAAGUUUGAAAGGAUUCGCGCGGAAAGUUGACCGGAAGUGCGUCUCUCGGGGUGAUCAGUGCGCAUGUGAACCUAGGAACAGGUGUUUACCAAGCGCGCUAGUGUUUUCAAACAAACCUCUGACCAAACACACAAUACACCGACACACCGACAAACCUCCCCUUACCGCAACAAAAAAAGAAAAAAAAAAGAAACAGCACACCAACAACAAGGGAAAAAAGUGUCAGAUCGUUUCGUGCCCUGCUUAAAUCGUGCGUACGCUUUUCGCGGAUCGAAACAAGUUGGGAACAAGUUGGAAAAGCGGGGUGAUCGCGGAUGAAGAUGGAACCGUCGUGGAAAGAAGAGGAGGAGGAUUUAUAACUCGACUCGCCUGAAAUAACAAGAGGAAUGCGCGCGCGGUGAAUCAGCUUCCUCCGCGAGAGUGCGAAUUUCCUGACAGCGGCCACGCGAUCCAGGAUCUACCGACACACUGCUGCAGGAUCUCUGGAUCGUGUUGGAGUGUGCGCGCGAGCGCGUGCACCUUGAGAAAAGCCAGAAACGCCAGAAGCUCGGCGAGGGGGACGAGAGAGGCGGCCGCGAGAAUAGGGAACGGUUUUUCUUGGAAAGGAGUCGCGACUGAAUUUAGGGUUAAUCCUGGAUCAACCUAAACCACGCUAUCUCCAUUUAUAUCAAAGUCAUCGAUGCCGCGCCACUAGAUAUUCGUUUCUAUGGUCGAAGCAGUCGGGAUGGCGAUCGUGAAAUGUCUUAUCGUUGGGAUACUCCUGAUGUUGGAGAUCGAUCGAACUACCCAAGGACAGCUGGUUCGACUAGAUCUGAACCAUCCCGACACGGUGAUUGUGUCGAUCGGUGAGAAGUUGAUCCUACGAUGCUCGUCGAGUUCGAACGCGGAGACGAUCUGGUACAAAGGCGACGACAUUUUCCGACCAUCGUCGCCAAGAAUUCGAUUAAUGAAACAGACGCUGAGGUUCAAGUACAUCGAGCCCGAGGACGCAGAUUCGUACAGUUGCCUGGUUGGAUCAAACAUGACGAACGAAUGGAGGAACGUGACGAUACGAAUCGAAUUGUUGCAGAACGACGAAUACAAGCACGAAACAGAGAGACUGGAAAGACACGAGGAGGAUACGAACGAAUUGGAAAUCGAAGCGAGAAAUUUGCUAGAGACGCGAUCGUUGCAUAUGGAAAACGAAAACGCGGAGGUCGACCUGGACAACGAGAAACUGGAGAAUGAAACAGCCGGUGAACACAACAACACCGCUCCCAUACGACCACCAUCGUUCAAUAAAAGCGUAGAGAUGCCAAACGUGGUCGUGAAACCAGCUGGCAACAUGUUACGUUUACGAUGUCCAAGCUUUGGCAACCCAAGGCCGAACAUCACAUGGUACAAGAACAACGAAGAACCAAAAAGAACGCUUGGCACGGUGGUUAUGUCUAAGUGGACCUUUAGAUUGGAGGAUCUAGUGCCUGAAGACAGCGGCAAUUACACUUGCGUGGUGUGCAACGAGCUGGGAUGCAUCAAUCGCACGUCCAAAGUUGAAAUUGUCGAGAGCGUGAAACAUCGGCCGAUACUGACCAGGCCUCCAAGAAACACGACGGUUCUGAUAGGAGGCAACGUUACUAUGACCUGCGAGGUUCUGUCGGACGCGCAUCGUCAUCUUGAAUGGUAUCACGGUUAUCACACGUCUUUCGACACUGUCAACAAAACCAAUCAAAGUUUCCGGGUGGAGGUCAAGGCGGAAGGCGCGGAUAACCCAGAAGUACUGAAGCUAUACAACGUGACACAGAAGGACGAAGGAUGGUACACCUGCAUAGCGCAAAACGCGUUGGGAGAAACCUUCAGCAGUGCCUAUCUCCGAGUAGUCGAAUCUUUGGAGGAACAUGGAAUACCAUUGACAGCGAAACCACAAAUUCUCGUGAACGUUCUCGCCGCUGUUCUCUUCAUCUUUUUCGCCGUGGGCGUGGUGGUGGUAAUAUACAUUUUCCAUCGUCUGAAACGCGAGAAAAUGAAGAAGCUGCUGGCCAUAGAGACGGCACGUGCCGCAGUCGUGACUCAAUGGACGAAGAAAGUGAUCGUGGAGAAGCAGAACUUAGUAAACGCGCAGAACGUUCAAGAACCGUUGCUGAUGCCCGUGGUGAAGAUCGAGAAACAAAAAUCGACUGUGGCCGCGGAGGACAGCAAUGGAGGAAGUAUCUCGGAGUACGAACUUCCGGUUGACAGUGCUUGGGAGUUGCCACGAGAACAUUUGAGUUUGGGAAACACUCUGGGCGAAGGCGCAUUUGGGAAAGUCGUCAGGGCGCAAACAAAUACUGGAAAACCCGGGAUUCCUUGCGUCGUAGCUGUGAAGAUGCUGAAAGAGGGUCAUACCGACGCGGAAAUGAUGGACUUGGUAUCUGAGAUGGAGAUGAUGAAGAUGAUCGGCAAGCACGUGAACAUAAUCAAUCUGUUAGGAGCCUGUACACAAGGCGGGCCAUUGUACGUGGUCGUAGAAUUCGCUCCGCAUGGAAACCUUCGUGAUUUUCUACGGGAUCACAGACCUUCCUCUGGAUACGAACCGACCAUUGGCCAAGAACCAAAAGAGAAAAAGACUCUCACCCAAAAGGACCUAGUAUCGUUCGCCUAUCAGGUAGCUAGAGGGAUGGAAUAUUUAGCGAGCAGAAGGUGUAUCCACAGGGAUCUGGCUGCCAGGAAUGUUUUAGUCAGUGACGAAUAUGUUUUGAAGAUCGCUGACUUUGGUCUCGCUAGAGAUAUACACUGUCACGAUUACUACAGGAAAACCACGGACGGAAGACUUCCGGUUAAGUGGAUGGCACCUGAGGCUCUCUUCCAUCGAGUUUAUACCACUCAGUCCGACGUAUGGUCGUACGGGAUUCUGUUGUGGGAGAUCAUGACACUGGGUGGUACCCCCUAUCCGUCCGUACCAUCCGUAGAAAAGUUGUUCCAGUUGCUAAGAACUGGCCAUCGAAUGGAGAAACCACCGUGUUGCUCCAUCGAAAUAUACAUGUUGAUGAGGGAUUGCUGGAGUUACCAGCCUAACGAACGACCAAUGUUUGGGGAACUGGUCGAGGAUCUCGAUAGGAUAUUAACGAUAACUGCGAACGAGGAAUACUUGGACCUUGGCCUCCCGCAGCUAGACACGCCGCCGUCCAGUCAAGAGUCCAGCGAAGCCGACGACGAUGAGGGCGAAGAAAAAUUCCCUUACCUAUUGUGAAAAUCCCACGAACGAUCGGUUUUCGCCGAAGAUUGUGUAAAAACUCUGAGAAAGAUCCGGAAUGGACAACGAACGAAAGAAGCGCAGAAGAUAAAAGCACGAGAAGAAAGAGGAAUCAGAUGCGAAGAAGAGAACGAACGAAGAUCACGAAGAAGAGAAAGCUAUCUUAUAGUCGAAGAACGCUGGUGAACGGAAGUCGAUCUACCGACUGACCUAGCGAACACGCCAAAUAAUAUAAAUCAGUAUUGAAUUGUUUAGCGCGUAUUCCAUAGAAUUUAAGGAAGAAGAAAAAGAAGAAGGAAGAAAGUAACGAUCGAGGAAGAAAACUCCGGCCUUCGAGGAGACUGAUUUUCUUACGAACAACAUUGUAUUUAUUUUCCUGUUAUCUUUAUAUCCUGGGAAAUCGAUUACUAUUAUGGAACGUGCGUUUGUUCCACGUGAUUCACGUACACGCGUUUCUCAGGUUUCUGUCGUAACAGAAUCGUAUCGAAGACUUUUGCUGCACACCUGAACUACUAUGGCAGCCGAAGCGUGAGAUAUAUAAUAAAGAAUAAAAUUUGUUACAAAAUAUUCACGUCCAAUUUUGUACAUGUUAUACUACCGUGCCAUUGAUAAGUGCCUUGGGAAGAUGAAUGAAAAGAGAAAAAGAGACAGAGAGAGAGGAGAUGGAAGGAAAGUUCCGCCAGGGCUUCUUGUAUUCGUUAAUAUGAAGAGAAGAAGAAACACGUACAUAUAUAUGUAUAUGGUGCAUCAGGUUUGCACAGAAGAGAUACCUGAUCUACAGGAUAAUCUCGAAAAGUGUUUGUAACUAGUCAAUUAAUAAAACGUGUACGUUUCUCUGUAACAUAGCUCGAACUCGGUUAUUAAAGUAUAAUGAUAUGUAUUAUGUUAGCGUUUCUACGUGAAUAGACUCUAGUGGACAACGAGCAGGAAUCUUCGAAUUUUUGUAGAAAGAUGAAAGAAGAUUGUAGAUCGUAAGUGAAUGAUACGAUUCGUCGAGUUUUUAAUCGUCCUUUUUUUUUUUUAACACGCGAGUUUCUACGUUGUGAUCCGAACGGGAGUGUCUUCGUCGAGGAGAGACGAAUACGAUUCAAAGGAUAUUAUUGUAUAGUUUCUUGACAAUACAACGGAAGACAAUUUUGCACAUAAUAAAUGUUAGAAAAAAAGAAGAAGGAAUUGAAAAAAAGAAGACAAAGAGAAGAAGAUGAUGGAGAGAAAAUUCAUUGCAUCGUCCACGUGGAUGUAAAAUGCAUAAAGAUGUAUAAAUGGUGCAUGCGAGAGGUGCUUAGUAGUAGAUAAUUUAUUUCUCUGUAUAUUGUUACUUAGGAUGUAUUUUAAGAUGUCGUUAACACUAUUUUUUUUUUUUUUUUUUUUUGUAUUAUUAUGGAACGAAUGAGGCGAGAUACGUGUAAAAUAUAGAAUGGAGAUUAAUCAAUUGAUCAACGAAAAUAAUAUACAAAAAUGAGAAAAGAUUCUUUGUACAUAGCACCGAUCUGUUUAUUUAAAAGUUUUUCUCAACUUUUUCUUUUUCGUUUCGUUACCCAGCACCUAAAGGUAGCCAGUAAAUCAGCAUUUACCAAGGUAGAUUGUAUGUAUAGUCUGCAUAAAUAUUGGAUUAUUAUUGUAACGUGAGUUUCGUCUCGAAUAAAUCACUGGAAACUGUACCCACAUUA